GAUUUCCCAAGCGCAUUUAUUUUCCUCUUUCCCUGAUGUGUGAUGUAGCUUUUAGCUUUACGUUUACACCAACACCUUGCAAGCAUUGGUUUUUUUCUCUGUAGUCUCCUGUCUUGUGCGCCGCCGGCGCUUGAGGAGCGAGUAGUUUUUCUACUCCGAUAGAAUUCAGAUCGUAGCGCCCCCUGCAAGGCGCAGUUUUGUAUGUAGUGAGGUCACCGAACGGUUCUAACCGGGGAGUUUUUUUGACACCCAGACAGCAAAACGACCGGCAGUUUUCAAGCGGGCGAAAGUGUUUUUUGACGAAAAAAAUUUGCACUUAUCAAGCGGCCGGGGCUUUGUUGUCAAACAAGCCCGGUCGAAAACUAUCGAUUCGCACUUGAUAAAACGACGCAGGGGAGCCGGCAAAAGGGGCGCCCUUCUGAGGCGCCCACCGCCUUGAUUUCUGGCGAUUUGGGGCGCCCAAAAAGGGGCGCGCAAAAAACGCGCCCAAAAUCAGAACAGCGAAACAGCAUGGCACGGCCGCGAUUUCGGAGCAUUUUGGGCGGCCGCGAAAGCGGCCGCCUUUUCGCCGGUUUUAGAGCCUGGGAAGCUUUGCAAAAAGCGCUGGCGAGAAAUAUAAAAACGCAAAAAAGAAAAAGCGCGCCAGACGCGCAAAGCCAAUCCGCAUGCUAUGGGCCCGAUUUUUCCUCGCUUUUUGGGCGCCCCCCGUGGCGCCAGGAUCGGCCUCAUAGCAUGUGGGCUGGCUUUCGGAAAGGAAUUUCGAAAAUCUGCCAAAAUUUGCGACGCUUAUCAGGCGGCCGCCAUACCGUGGGGCCCAACGUUACUCACGGCGGUAUGGCGGGCCCAGAAAAAUCAAAGCCGCGGCCAAGGCGACGGCCGGCAAGAAAACGCCCACGACCUCACUACCUCCGCCUCGGCGGCUAUACUUGGUAGUUUUCAAUUUCACCUCAUCUCAGUCAUGUUUCCAUACCUGUGCUUAGGUUCUUGUUUACCACUUGCUGCAGAAUCUUCUAGAUGAUCGUCGAGACUGCACGGAAACAAGUCAUUUGAAGCUCCCCGUCGUGAAAGUGAAAGUCAUUUGAUUCUGAUGUGACGAGAGAUAUUUAUUAGAACCAACAUUUCCAGUAAGCACGAAAAAACAUACAAUGCCGGUCAUCGUCCACACACUGGUGGACGCCGCGCCGGCGACGGACACAACCGGUCGCCAGUCCUCCGCGACGACUAUGGAAGCGUCAGGAUUGAAAUGGACAAAGUUGAAGUAAGUUCUCAUGCAUGAGUUGCAAGGCAUGAAAUGCCUCUCUUGCAGGGAUGGCGAGUGAGGCCCACUGUCGUCCUGUUUGGGGUCUGCAAUAGGGAUGUUAAAGUAGCAUGACAAAAGACGCCUUCUGUCCCUUAACAGCAUGACAAAUUGGAUUUACUUCGUGCCGAGAUUUGUCAUGCACCGCUUACAAAUUGGGCUUCCAACCGGUAUCGAUUUUAUGCAUUACAAGUUACCAGCCAUGCCCCGGCUGACGCCGGGCCGCAAGGCUGUUGGGGCGGGGCAGGACUAUUUGCGGAUCGGGCCACAAUGCCACAGGCCUAAUAUGCAUAAUGAAACACACUGGAGUCCUGCCGCCUGUUUGCGCGGCGCCAACCCGCGGGACCACUUGCGCGCUUCCCGCGCCUGUGGGCGCUCUGCGCAGGGAGCAGCUGCAAAGGACACCGGGGGCGAACAGAAGCCGCCCGGCGCGGGAGGGUGGCGCGAGAGGGUUGCGCGAGAGGGUGCGCGAGAGGGUGGCGCGAGAGGGUGCGCGAGAGGGUUCGGGCCUAUGCAUGAAAAGGCCACAAAAGAAUCAUCCUCGUGCCGGGCGGAUUCGGGUUUUUCUACCCCUCUCGCAGACCCUCUUUUUGACCUCUCCCGGGAGGUGUUGCUAAUAAUCCGGCUAUACUCGCCGGUAGAGGUCUACAGAGGUGGCCGAGAGGUGGCCCAGAGGGUGCGCGAGAGGUUCGCCCUUAUUCGCGCAACCUCUCGGCACCUCUGCCCCCCUCUCGCUUACCCUCUCCCGACCCUCUCGGCCACCUCCGUCCCCCAUAGGCGCGGCUUUAGGGUGAACGGUUCGGCUGGCUAUACCCGCGCCACCUCUCGGCCACCCCCUCGAAUGACCUCCCGCGCCACCUCUCCACCUCUGUCGACCUCUUUUGACCUCUUUUUGACCUCUCGGCCACCUCCCUUCGACCCUCUGUAGACCUCUUUUUUCGCAUGAAUAUAAUAGAUAGUAAUAAUUUCAACUUCGUCAAUUUCAAUCCUGACACUGCCAUAGUGACCCUGCCCGCCUUACACGGCAUCCAGCUGCCAUGGAUUGUCUCCGAGGAAGACGCGAGAAACGCCGCGGAGGCGCUCGGGUUGCAGUUUUCCAAAGACGAGAAGACAAACCCCGACGGGCUGUAUUAUGAGAUGAGAAGGUAUAUGAAGAGGAUAAAAUGAGAACAAUGAGAAAUAAGACAAAGCAUAGAUCACGUGAGAACAGUUUUUAUUUGAGUUCGUUCUACUUGCUCUCCAUUACCAUUGAUCAUAGAUGUGAUACGCGUGCGUAAACAAACACAAACUCAUCAAAGUACUAUGCUUGCACAACUCAACAUAAUCCAUGUCCAAACCAGGCCCGAUGGUACCGUAGUCGCGACCCUGAGCAAGAUGGGCUACCAGAAAUACUGUACUGCGUUGACGGCGCCGGCAUUGCUGGAGCGAGCCACGUAUCCUGUGCAAAAGUAUCGUACUCGUAGUAAUCGCAGUCAUGCAUUACAAAUCUUCAUGCCAAGGUAAAACAGCAUUACAAAUUCCAUUUGUCAUGCUGAGCUAAUUUGUCAUGCGAUUUCUACUAGUACGAUACUUUUGCAGUUCAUACCACGUCUCGUCCACCUGAAUCGACCUCAACGAGCGUCGAUCAGAACAACAACCCGGCGUUUCUGAAGUUUUUCAUCGAGCUGAUGAACGCGAAAUUUCUGAACUUUCUACAAAACGAGGAGGAAACGAAGCUGGAAAAGAUGCGGCACGAGACAAAUCUGGCGAACUUCUUGAUCGAAAACCAAUGGCGCUGGAAGGGAACAACUUCUGGAACUGACAACUACACUGCUCCCCACACAGCAUCUUCAAGUUGUAGCAACACAGCCCGGUGGUCAAAGAAACCUCCACCCCCACCUCCGCUCAGUGUGAUUGCCGCGGCGACCACGACGUCACCGAUUGGAGGUGGUUCCCGAGGACGUGGUAGCAAAAAUAAAGGCAGCUUUCAGCUCGAUGAACAAGGACAAGAGCAGCAAAACAGAAGUUGUUCAUCGGUUGAUCUACAUGAUAUUAACUAUGAUACCUCCAAGAGCCCGAAGUUGCAGAAUCCGCUUGGGUUUGACAAGCCGUUGGAUGCGCCGAGAAUCACCAUUCAGGAUGUGGAAGAACAGUUGCGAGCCCAGGGCGUGCAGGAUGGGGAGGUUGGAACUACUGGAUCGUCGACUACGAAAGGGGGGGAAGUAGAACAGGAGGGCAGGAAGAAGACCAAGGAAGAGGUGGAGAUGAAUAAGGACGAGGCCGCGGUACUUUUAUAGGCGAAUUUGAUGUAGGUUGUAUACUAGUUGUGGACAUAUUAGCUUUGUACUACAAGUCUUGCGGGUUGCAGAUUUCGAGUACAGUGAUUUGCGUCAUUUAGGAUUUUUCCACCCACAUCAACAUUAAUAAUGACCACAUCUUCGAGGACUUGUAUUCAAAUCUCAGGUCCGCUCCCGCAACCCCUUUGCCGACAUGCCGAUCGAGUCCGACGAAGAGAACUCCCGGAGGAGAAGUAAGGAAAACAACAGGGCAGGGAGUCCGUCAAAUGUAGGGAAUGCCACAUCGAAACGGCGAAAACUCGACGUGCUGCCCGGAAGCCGCAACGACGACCCAGGCCCAGCACCAUCUUCGAAAACAAAUACAAACAAGCACAAAGAUCUCGACAACCUUGGAGGUCCUACACUGUCCAAAAAAUCCUCCCCGCAGGCUUCGGAAGAGGAGCUGGAGCAGCGCAAUAUCCAAUGCAAAUAUGUCUAGGUCUGGAAGGUUGCAACUUGUGAUGCUGUCUUUGGAUUCUAAAAAAAUCUGUAUUGCAUGACCAGCAAGACGAGGCGCCCAGGUUGCAGUACGCGGAGAGCAGGGCAUUUCUCAUGCGGAAUACGCAUGAUCCGGAAGCCUCCUAGAUAUCUGUGAUGCUAGGUCAUGCAUUACAGGCAUGGUGGGUCGUCAUGCAAAACAUGCAUGACAAACCGGGAAAUGGAAAUCUUCCAGACCCAGACAUAUUUGCAGUUCAUACGCAGGAAGCAAAACCCAUUCGCCAUGGACGAGCCGGAUUUUAACGACGAUCUGGAUGAAGACGAGUAUUCGCUAUCUUUCUCGAAAUCGGUGGCAGGAGGACUUCCAGAGGACGACGAUCGCGUGAUCGAGGAGGAAAAUAAUUUGUCCGAUCGGGAUGAAAGAGAGGUGGUCGAUCAUUACGAUUCGGACAACUACUCCGAUGGAGAUCAUGAUGAUGAUAAGGACGUCGAGCAGCUUUUGGACGACGUUAUCGCGGAGGUACAAGAUGUAAAUGAACGCGAAGAUGAUGAUGAAAAGAAAGACGCAGGGACUACUACAACUUCUGGUGCAGUCAAGACCUCCGGUCAAAACCAUCAAGCCAAGAACCACAGCACAAAUUCAACCAAAAAAAACCCAAAUAGUAGCCGGCCUAAUAACAAGGACAGGAAGAAGCAACGUUGGAAGGAUCUGAAGGAAAAAAAGCGCAAGGAGAGGGCGGCACGAGAACAAAGAGAAGGCAGAGGAAACAGAGGCAUGAUGAACAAGGACGAGAAUCUUCAAAAUGCAAAUGCGUCAUCCUCGGCGGGUGCGAUGAAGCUGCACAAGGAACAGAACCAGGACCGUGGGGGAGCGAGGCGCGAUCUUCAUAGGGCGGGCGACAGGAAGGACGUCACAUACGACGAUCUUCAGCGUAGUUCUGCAAAUGCAAAAGGACAUAUCCACAGAAAAAAAAACCAUCCCCAUUCAUUUUUUGCAUGACAAACACAGGACUUCAUGUAUGUUUCUUUUGCGUGCCAAUAUUUGAUGAAAAUGAAUCUUUUUUUGUGGAUAGAAAGCGAGGCUGACGUACUUCCUGUGCGGAAAGGUAAUGAUAAGCCGGAUAGAAGGGGAGGUGGAGACCACCAGAACAACAGGCGUGGCGGGCGGGAUCACCCCGCUCGGGAUCAAAGGGAGCCCCCGCGGGACCUCCGCGACAGAAACAAUAAUCGUGGCCGGAACGACACGGCUGACAUCAACGACCGGAGCAAGAAUCAUGAAGGGCGGAACACCUCAGAUCACAACAAGCACCACACGAAAGAACAAAGGGCGGAACAACAAAAUCGAAAUGCAGCCCAGGGGCGAAACUACACUGGUGGUAACCACGCUCACGCGAACACGACCAACACAAACACCCGGAGGAACAACGACCAACAAAACAGAAACGACAAGCAUCAAAAGCAGGAACAACAGCAGCAGCCCGCUGUAGCAGCUGGUGCAAAUCCGAAUCAACAGCCGCGGGCACCCCUUCAAAGAGGCCGGAAUGGAGCUUUUCGUGAUACUGACCAUGUCGGGGAACAAACCAGUGUCGGACCUUCAUCGAAGUCGAACAACGGAGUUGCUGGUGGGAAUAAAAACGCGAAUCAGUCCAACGUUUCUGCUCCUGGUGCAGCGAAUCAUGUUGUCUCCGCGACCUCGACCUUCCCACAGAUGAGUAAAAAAGCAAGCAGCUUUUCCGAUUUUGUGAAAAUCCGUGCCUCUUCCGGCGCGGGUGGACCGUCGCCCCGUGGUGGAGCAAAUCCACUAGCGAGUACUAGCGGCACAACUAGUGUCGGUAUUAAUAACCCAGGAAGUUCCUUCUCGACGUUUCCUUCUUUUGGCAAGACCACAAACGCGCCGAGCGGGGGUGGAGGACAGAUGAACAAGAAUGCGAAUGCGCAUGGAGUGAUGAACCAAAACCAGUCGAACAACAGGCAAGGUCAACAACAAAAGCAGAACCAUCCGAACCAGAACCACGACACCCAGCAGCAGCAAAACAGGAGUCCGAAGCCUCCGAACAACCAAAUCGGCCAGAACAACCAAGUUCCUGGCAAUGCCACAGGGAAGAAGAAACGCAGGGGCGGCGAGAACAGAAAUAACCGGAAUCAACAUCAUGACCGUGAAGAGAUAAAUAAAAACUCGUCCAAUCACCCUGCAAGUGCAAGAACCGGGGGACAAAACUACAACGAUAGUACCAACAAGCAGCAGAACCACAAAAAUCGUGGAGACCAGCAUCACAGCAACCAGAAUGCCCGGGGAGGUCCUGGCGGGAAGGAUCAGAACCGAGGUGGCGGUCAGAAUAAUCAGCAGCGGAGACGGUAGGAAUAUCAAUAAAAUAUGACGGGAGAGGAACCACUUUUCUUUAGCUGCGUUUCUUCCGCUCAUCGCCCGAGGUGCUGUCCGAGCUGGAAAACGAGACACAAUUUGGCGGUCAGGAUACUAGCACGAGUGGUUUCUGAAUCAGAAGGUUUUGACGUAUAAAAAAGAUGAAAAUUGUGGCACGUAGAUGAAACUUUUCAGACAAGAUAGCUCACACACUCAGACUCUAAAAUCUCUUCGGGACAGCACUUCUUCUUAUUCAUCAAUAACCUUCUCCGCGGGCACGAGGCUGC